AUGGAGCGGGGGAGGGGAGAUGCUGCUAUAGAAAGCUGUUCAGUAUCAGAUAUAUAUAUUUAUAUAUAUGGGGCUGAUCAAAGCUUUUUCUUUUUUCUCUCCCAAAAAACGGCUCCGCCCUCACAAAGCCCUCUUCAGCCAGUAGAAAUGAGCUGAGAGCCAAAGAAUAUUUGUGGGGUUUUUACCUAUCUUCCUUGCCUUGGGCCUCAAACCCCUCAUAUCAGCCCACGCCCACCCCAAGGGUCAUCCCACGUCCACCCCAAGGUCAUCCCACGCCCACCCCAAUGCCAUCCCAUGCCCACCACAGGGCCAUCCCACACCCACCCUAGGGUCAUC